AUGGCGCGCGCCGCAUUUGCCAAGCUUGCAGAGCGUGUAUCACGCCAGGCCAAACCGUCCGUUGGACUCCGGGCAGUGUCAAGAUACAGUUCCCAUGGUCGCCGAUUCAACCUUCCGUCGUCCACCCACAGCCUCCAAGCAGGAAUAUUACCAAUCCUACUUCCCAGGUCCUUCUCUACGAGCAGACCAUCCCUUAAAGGUCUGUCCCCGGAAAGCGAGGAUCCACCUGCCCCGAGCAAAACUGAACCCAAUGCCACAGCUUCAGGACCGGCCGAUCUUACCAUUGAGCGGUUCCACGAGUUAAGCGAUGUGUAUCUGAACGCCCUCGUGGAAAAGCUUGAACUGCUGCAGGAGGAGACGGAGGAGGUGGAUUCUGAAUACAGCGCCGGUGUUCUCACAAUCACCUUUCCUCCCAAUGGAACAUAUGUUAUCAACAAGCAGCCCCCAAAUAAGCAAAUCUGGCUGUCGUCCCCGAUCUCCGGCCCGAAGCGGUACGAUUUCGUUAUGGCAAGUGAGGGACAGGAUGCGAAGGAGGGAACUGGGUCAGGGGACUGGGUGUAUUUACGUGAUGGCUCAACGUUGCAUGACCUCCUUCUGUCAGAGAUAGGCGUGGACAUGUCCGAACGAUAG